GCGGGGCGCUGCAGCAGCAGGAGCCGCCGGGGCAGCGGAAUCAAAACAAGCGGGACCCGCCUCCCUCCCCUCUCCCGCUCCGCUCCCCCCGCCAUGAUCCGCGGGUCGCGGUAGCCGGCGGAGGGCGCGGGGCGAUGCCGAACCAGAAGAGCAGCAAGGGCAGGAAGAACAAGCGCGCCAACAGCAGCGGCGACGAGCAGGAAAAUGGAGCCGCGGCGGCUGCAGCGGGAGCCGGAUCCGGGCCCGGGCCCGGGCCCGGGGUAUUCCGUAAAAAUGUCAAGGAACUUGCUGCAAAAAUAUAUGAAUUUAGAGGCCUUGUCCUGCCGAGUGAUAUACACACACAAGUAACAAAUAUGCAAAUAACGAAUUGCACAGAGGGUAAGUUUAUUGUUAAUAUAUUUGUUUUAUGUUCCACAGAAGCACCUUGUGCUACUCCACUGAUAUGUAGUUUUGGAAGGCCUGUUGACCUUGAAAAGGAUGACUACCAGAAGGUUAUAUGCAACAAUGAACAUUGCCCUUACAGCACCUGGAUGCACCUUCAGUGUUUUUAUGAGUGGGAAAGCAGCAUUCUUGUCCAGUUUAAUUGUAUUGGCAGAGCAAGGAGUUGGAAUGAAAAGCAGUGUCGCCAGAACAUGUGGACAAAGAAAGGAUAUGAUCUUGCUUUUCGCUUUUGCUCCUGCCGAUGUGGACAGGGCCACUUAAAGAAAGAUACUGAUUGGUACCAAGUGAAACGCAUGCAGGAUGACAAGAAGAAAAAGUCUGUGGCGGAGAAGAGCACAGGAAGGUCCGUGGGAGAGUCUGCAGAAGAUGCUAAAAAGGGCAGGCCUACUAACAAGCCACAGAAAGGUUUAAGUCAUGAUAUUCAGCGAAGACAUUCGAUGGACAGACAGAACUCUCAAGAGAAAGGUGUAGUUAGUGGAGGCUAUGCUGUUCGUUCUCCCUGUGGCUCUCCUGGCCAGUCCCCUCCUACAGGCUACUCCAUUCUUGCCCCUGCACAUUUCAGUGGUCCCCGUUCUUCACGCUAUUUAGGAGAAUUUUUAAAAAACGCCAUUCACCUGGAACCACACAAGAAGAAUAUGGCUGGUGGUGGGAUGUUCAGAAAUGCCCAUUUUGAUUAUGGGGCAGCUGGGCUGCAAGCACAUAGGUCAGGACAUUUUGAUGCGCCUGUGCAAUUUUUGAGGAGGCUUGAUCUAUCUGAACUUCUCACUCAUAUCCCAAGACAUAAGUUGAAUACUUUCCAUGUUCGGAUGGAAGAUGAUGCCCAAGUGGGUCAAGGAGAGGACCUUCGGAAGUUUAUUCUCGCAGCACUUAGUGCCAGCCACAGAAAUGUUGUAAACUGUGCGCUGUGCCACAGAACAUUGCCAGUGUUUGAACAGUUCCCACUUGUGGAUGGAACCCUGUUUCUUAGUCCAUCGAGACAUGAUGAAAUUGAAUAUGAUGUUCCCUGUCACCUUCAAGGAAGGCUUAUGCACCUUUAUGCUGUUUGUGUAGACUGCUUAGAAGGAGUUCACAAAAUCAUCUGCAUUAAGUGCAAGUCCCGAUGGGAUGGAAGUUGGCACCAGCUGGGAACUAUGUAUACUUACGAUAUUCUGGCAGCUUCUCCCUGUUGUCAGGCUCGACUGAACUGUAAGCACUGCGGAAAGCCAGUCAUUGAUGUACGGAUUGGGAUGCAGUAUUUCUCAGAGUACAGCAAUGUCCAACAGUGUCCACACUGUGGAAAUCUAGACUACCAUUUUGUGAAGCCAUUCUCUUCAUUUAAAGUUCUGGAGGCUUAUUGACAAAAGCUUUGCUUUAGUAAUAGCUAUUUUAUGGGUAUUACUACUUUAUUACAUAUCUUUUAUAGGAUGCAUUCUGUGACAGAAUUAAUUUCUUUUCUAACUGAAAGAGCAGCUUCUUGUCUGUGUACACAUUAAGAUAUGUGUGUUGUUAAGACCAGGGUCCUCCUGGCCAGAUGUCAGUUGAAGGCUGUAGGAAAGCCAAUUAAUGGCCUUGAAGUAUGCCCUAAGAAUGGGGGAAAUUUCAGCUGGAAGUGGACUGGUUUUAUUUUUCAUGUUAUCAUGGUAUAGGAAAGGUUGGAAAUGAGAUCUUAUGGGCCUGUUGCUCAUAUGGCUGGGUGGGAAGAGGAAAGCCUCAUAAAGGGUGCAGUCUUAUUACUGCUGAAUUUACUAAAGUCUUUGCUAUUGAUGCCAUUGGGAGCAGAAUUUGUCCCUAAGUUCAUAGUAGCAGUAGAGAUCUGUUGUUUAGAUUCCUCAGAAUUGAGUAAACUAAAAUAUUGUGACGAGUGAAUGUAAAUCUAUGCCAGAAAAUGCAGCCUUUAAAAAAUGUUGGGGUUUCUUUUCCCACUUUUGGCAUAGUGUCUUCCUGCAGUGUAUAUUUGACAUCCAUUACCCUCACUGACAGAUCAUAUGGAGAUCACCAGUAUUGUAAUUUUAGCCAUUGGGUAAAUGGUUUAUACCAAAACAAGUUUGAGAUUUUAAAACACUUUAUUUAAAGGUAUUCUUAUUUUUUAAAUAUUUUAGGAAUCUGCUGUGUUACACAGAAGGAACAGAGAGUGGUAUGGCCUGUGGCAAAGCAGCUAUGGAGAGGAGUGUGUGCAUGUUUGCGUCUUGGGGCUGGACCUUUUCAGGUAGCAUGCCUCAGACCAGUAUGGCUGACUUUGAAAGAAGACCCUAAAGUGUGAUCUGUAAGAUCUGUGGGGUAUUUGUGCCAUUUUAGUGCGAGUGUGUCAUGAAGAGGAUGUUUGCACUGAUAUUUAGAGUCAACACUGAGGUCACCCACAAGAAGCCUGAGCUAUGUGAGAUGCCCUUUCCCAUCUGUAUCAUAUCCCGCAGCCUGUGCCAAAACCAUCCAUAUUGUGAUGUUUAACACUUGAGCAUAGUGGCAAGAUGUAUUCCACGUUGUCUUAUAGAGCCCUUCCAGGUAUUGAUCUCCAGGUUUCUUGUCUCUGCCUAUGGGCUGUUGGAGAGGAAGUCAAGAACCAGGGAACUGUGGGGUUGCUGAUACUAGUGCAGGAGCUGGUGAUCUGUGGUGCCUCAUAAGUUCCAAACACACUGCAGAAAGAGUGGCACUGGGAAGUGAGCAGGGGUGGGGCUGAUCUCGUGCCCCAAACUUCAGGAGAGCUUCCAAAGUUGGGUUGGGCUGGGCUGCUGCCAGGACUCGAGCUAAAGGACUUAAAGUGUAUAUGAUUGGUGUAUAAAGGUUCGAGGCCUUAAAGUCAACUCUUAAUCAUCCGUGUAGACUUGGCAGAAUUCAUUUAAAGCAAACACUGCACCUUUUGUCUUUCAAAAUUAUCCAAGUCUAGUUGAGAUUCUGAGGACUGGGAGAAUAUACGUAAA